AGUCCCAAAAACCAGGACACGUUUGCACGACGAUCACGUUCACGUAGGUCCACGAAGAAACUUAUAGUUCCUCUUCGCUCUGUGUCUCUGAUCACUAAAGAAAUCGGAAAUCCACCGAUCAAAGUUCCCGAAAUCUCUUCAAAUCGUCGGUGAAAUUUUAAAUAACUAAAAUGUCGUCCACGUUCAGCGGCGAUGAAUCUGCUCCUUUCUUUGGCUUCCUCGGCGCCGCUGCUGCCCUGGUUUUCUCCUGUAUGGGAGCUGCUUAUGGAACGGCGAAGAGUGGAGUCGGAGUGGCAUCGAUGGGAGUGAUGAGGCCAGAGCUGGUGAUGAAAUCAAUCGUCCCCGUUGUUAUGGCUGGAGUUUUAGGUAUUUAUGGGUUGAUUAUUGCGGUUAUUAUAAGCACUGGGAUUAACCCAAAGGCCAAAUCUUACUACCUUUUCGAUGGCUAUGCUCAUCUUUCCUCUGGUCUUGCUUGUGGCCUCGCUGGUCUCUCUGCCGGCAUGGCUAUUGGAAUCGUCGGCGAUGCUGGCGUCAGGGCCAAUGCCCAACAGCCAAAGCUUUUCGUUGGAAUGAUUCUCAUUCUUAUUUUUGCUGAGGCUUUGGCUCUGUAUGGACUCAUUGUCGGCAUCAUUCUCUCUUCCCGGGCUGGUCAAUCACGAGCAGAAUAGAGUGCAAGGUUCUGAGACUUGGGUUGUUGCUAGUUGGCGAAACUUGGCUGUCUCCUAUUCGAGCCUCUAGCUUGCUGCAGUUAAAAGCAUUUUUAAGUUGUUAAUUUGAACUCAUUCAUGAAUUUUCUUUAAGUGCUUCCAUGGUGUUUGUAUGAUUAGAAGAUAGAUUUAAUUUAAAACAAAUCUUGUUUUACAUUUUUGUUACCUAUUGCUGUAAUCUACAUGUAUGUUCAAUGUAAUGUUAAGACCAUUCAUUUCUGUCUCUGAUCAUGUUGCUAUGACUAAUGGCAUUGCUAUAAUGAAGUUCUACUUUCAGCUUC